GUCCUGCUACUUGUUCAAUUGUGGUCUUCAGCCUUCUUCUUCAUCCCCAACUGGCUUACAACCUUGGGGGGGGAAAUGAAGCUGAAAGGAAUACUUAUCAAAGCCAUCCUUCAGGCUUUGCUCCCAAUUGCAGAAAACCUGGUUCUCCUAUGUCAUGUAUGGCCCAUUGACCCCAGAAUUGAAACUUGACAUUUCUGCUCUGACAAUAUCAGAUGCUGAUGCGCUGGGAUUAACAGAUCCAAGGCUGUGCUACAUUCUGGAUGGGAUCCUUUUAAUAUAUGCUAUCAUCAUCACAGCCCUUUUCAUGAAAGUAAAGCUAGGCAAUCGCUCUACUGAAUCCAAACCUUCUCAAAAUGCAAAUGACAUAUAUAAUAAACUAUCUACCGGACGCAGAGAUGAAUAUGAUUCUCUGGCAGUAAAAAAAACAGAUACAGAUCUUGAAAUGGCUGUGGAAAACCAGCGCAGAAGAAAGAAACCUCAGGACAAAGUUUACACUUCCCUACAGCGGGAUAAGAUGGGUGAAGCAUAUAGUGAAAUUGGAAAGAAAGGAGAGAAACUUGGUGGCAAAGGCAAUGAUAUGCUUUAUCAGGGGCUCAGUCAAGCAACAAAGGACACAUACCAUGUCCUUCAAAUGAAGCAGCUGCAUUCUCCUCGUUAGUUACUACUGAACCUAAAAAGGAAGAGAAAAAAAGAACAUUCUUUAUGGUGGAAUGGUAGCAAUUGAAGAGGACAGUUCAUUUCAGCAAAGCCAUGGCCUUGUUUGAAGAAUGCUAUUGUACAGUCAGUGAAACCCAUGUGUCAUUUCCAAAUAACAUCCUAGGUUGUUGUUUUUAAAAGUGUACAUAAGUUUAAAGAUUCUGCUUAAUGUAUAGUUGCUCAUAUUUAGGAGCAGAAAUUGUGAUUGCUAUUUCACUGGAUAGUUAAAUAACAAAAAUAUUUUUCUUCCUUAGGUGAAAGAUAAAGUAUUUUCUUUCCCUAUAGAUGUUUUCUAAGGUAUUUUUAACUGAAGAUAGCUGGGGAACUUUUUUGUGGGGGAGGGGUGAGAGAAUAUAUUCUGGAAUCUUUCAUCAGUCUCCAGGAAUUUGGAUUACUGUACAAUCUAUCAGUAAUACCCGCAGGGCUGGCGAUAAAGAAUGACAAGAAUUGCCAUUUUUUAAAUAACUCUCAAAUUAUUAAAUAGUUCAGGAUUUAACUGAAGGUAAAUAUCUUUUAUAUUGAAGAUUAGAAUAAAAAAGAAAGAAAUUUGUUCACAUGGUACUUUGAAUUUCAGUGUAUGAGAAAACUGAAAGUUCUGUUCACAAGCUUGGAUCAUUUCCCACAAAAUGUAAGUUUCUUUAGCAUCAAAAAGCUAACAGUGUUUACUAUUAGGUUUGGAUGAUGUUUGUAAGCAAAAUACAAAAAAAACCAAAACCCAACAACCCCAAAAACAAAAAAACUGGACACAGAAUGAUGAGUAUAUUUAAUACAUCAACCAAAACUAGUUUUAGUUUAGAAUUGCUGCCGUCAAAGAACAAAAGUCUUACUUUUAAAUAGUAAUAAUAACAAUAGUCUUGUGCUAUGAAGACGUGGUCAAGUACAGUUUAUGUCUGUUUUUGCAUGA